CAACGUCAAACCUCAAACCGCAUAAAGAUCCCUGUGUGUGCAUGGCAACUGUGCAUGUAGUGUGAAAAGUGUGGGAGAUAUCAGCACCUAGGGUACUUUAAGGGGAGGGUCUCUGAUUGAACGUGUAACAGAAAAGAAGACUCAUGCUGCACAGUUCUGUCAGUGUGGCGUACUACAGACAUGUUCUUCAGCAGCGCUCUCCUUGUACUUUCUGUCCUCUCCUUGUGUGGGGGAAUGAAGAGUGGUAUUAUUGGAGGAAAUGACGUAAAUCCACACUCCCGACCUUACAUGGCGUCUGUUCAGAUUAACAAUAAACACAACUGUGGUGGUUUUCUUAUCAGAAAAGAUUAUGUGCUCACUGCAGCCCACUGUGUUGACAACAUUGAUCACUCUGGAAAGGACAAGCUGGAAGUGUUACUCGGAGCUCACAACAUCAAUCGAAAGGAGUCCCAGCAGCAGAGAAUUCAAGUACAGAAAUACAUCCUGCAUCCCUGUUACAAGCGGGGCGAACGUCCAAAUGAUAUCAUGCUACUGAAGCUGAAGUCCAAAGCUAAAGAGAACAAGUCUGUGAAGGUUAUCGCUCUUCCGAAGAAGAACGAGAACCUUCCAGCCCGUCAGGAAUGUUCAAUAGCUGGCUGGGGAAAGACCAAACAGAACAGCGCCGAGUCGAGUGUCCUACGAGAGGUCAAACUCAAAGUACAGUUUAACUUUGAGUGCAGAAAAAUUUGGGAAAAGUAUUUUGACACAAACAGCAUGAUCUGCACUGUGUCUGAUGGGAAAAAAGCUUUUUGUCAGGGUGAUUCAGGGAGUCCUCUUAUCUGUGGUAAUGAACCACAAGGAAUAGCUGCAUAUACCUACCCUAAUAACUGCUUAAACCGCACGUAUCCAGAGGUGUAUAUGAAGAUCUCUUACUUUCUUCCAUGGAUUAAACAAGUUAUACACUAGAAAGUGAACACAACGGAAGUAACCAAAAUCCAAUAAAAUAUACAUUGCA